CUUUUGGGAUGUUGUUUAGAAUGAAUUUUCUUAUCAUUUAACAAUAAAAUUGUUUGUGUUGCAAUUACUUUUAGGUUCGGCUAUAAAUUUUCGUAGAUUGACUGGACUAAAAGGGUAACAGUAAGGUGACCCAACGCGUGACCAUUACUUGUCACGCCAUAGCGUGCAUUGAGCCGUUACACAUUAGUUUACGGAACACUUCCGGGGUAAUUGAGCGGACAGCUUCAUCCCGAUGAAACCUCGAACCUCUCGAUACCUUCAUAACAUAGUAAGCAGAUAUGCUAUCUUUAUGAGGACACCAUGAAGGUGUGGGUCUAUCUGGUUGUUGAUCUACUCGUCUUUCUCUGCUCUUCACACGCCGAAAGAGUUCCUUUAGCGAAUUUCAUGAAUGGGAAACCGUGGAGGGAGCGAUGGACAAGCAGUGGAAGCAGUUCCUGGUAUUUGAGUAGAUCCGAGCUUGGUGCUUGUGACACUUCUUCUUCGUCGCAACCGAACGGGUGGGUGAAAAGUGACGUCAUCAACACUGGACCCGCCACUAGAAUCGAGCUCACGGCAACAUUCGAUGCCAGGGACUGCUCCUCGUUUUCUGGUGGAUCGUACUGUAGACAUGACUUUGACGUCUACGCGCAUCAGUCUGAGACUCUGUACUGGGGACCAGUCCCUGACCCGAACAGCAGCCCAUCGGGGACAUUCAGUAACAUAGGGACGCUGAACGCGACGAAACUUUGGACUAGUCUUGAGAAUAAGAUACAAAAUGUACAGACAUUAUCACUUAUUCUACAAAACAGCAAACCGUACGUCUAUCUUGCCCUUCAUUACAAAGGCGGAUGUCUUGCGGUGCAGAGCAUUUUAGUAGAAUAUUUUCGAUGUGCGGAUAUGACGCUACCAAGCACACUGGUACAACUAGGGCCGACUGUAGCACCUGCUAACAAUUCUAUAAAUGUUAGUGGAGUAUGCGCACCAAACUCCAAGCAAGUGUCAGGGGCGGGGGAUCUCCAUGGUUACUGUCAAUCAGACGGGGAGUGGAGUUCGGGACUGUUCAGCGGGGAGUGUCAAUGUGAGGCAGGACAUCAAAACACAACCACAGGCGGAGGCGGGGCUGAGUGCCAAGCAUGUCAAGUUGGAACUUACAAAGCUGUCCAUGGCUAUUUUGCCUGCGCAAGUUGCCCUGACAACAGUGUUGCUACGGAAAUUGGAAGUAAAAGCUGUACUUGUGUCAGCGGUUUCUACAGGAAGGCGAACGAGUCCAUCAGCUCCGCGUGUACAGGCCCACCAUCACCCCCAACAAGUUUAUAUAAGCCUUUCCUGAACAGCUCUGCAAUAAUCCUAUCCUGGUCAGCCCCCAAUAACACGGGCGGUCGGACUGACGUGUACUACUUGAUAGAGUGCUUCAAAUGUGACGGUGAUGGCUCCGUCUGUGUGGAGGCCUGUGGAGGCACAGUUGCACAGCACGGGACGUCGGCGCGGGUCAGCGGUCUGUCUGCCUUCACGUACUAUAUGUUCAGAGUGUUUGCGCGUAACGGAGUCAGUGAUCAAGCCGAGAGGGGAGGUCAAGAGGCCGAGUUUGCCAAGCUGGUCAUACAAACAAAUGACGCGGUCCCAGGCAAGCCUGAGAUCACCGCGGUAGAGAAAGUGGACUUGACCCAUGUCAGGGUCAUUUGGAAGCUUUUGAGGCCCAAUGGUAUCAUUACAUCUUACGAGCUCGAGUACCACGUGACUGGGAAGUCGGCCAAUGAAAAGGCAUUGACGAUAAACGCUACAAGAGCGACGGUGGAUGUAGACCGCGAUAAAGGCUACCAGUUCAGGGUGCGCGCUCAGACAAGGCUGGGAUAUGGACCCUUCAGUGACGCCGUGGGCUUACAAGCUGGCCAGACCGGUAGCUCCAGCAGUAGUCCGCUUGUGAUCGGCACAUCAGUCCUGGGGGUGGUGCUAGUCCUGGUUAUCCUACUGGUGGCAGCGGUGUGUAUGUAUCGAGUCAGGAGGGACAGACGCGCUCCUCGGGAAAUCAAGGCAACUGUACAGUUUACCGUGAGACCUGAAUGUCAAGGAGAAUACGAAGACAUGGGAGAAACGAACCCCGGACUUGAUGCUAUCUACUCGUGCGUCGGAGAAGACGAAGCUUGGGAGGUCCCGCCCCAGAACCUGUCAGUUAUCAAGCGACUGGGCAGCGGUAACUUUGGUCACGUGGACAAAGCGAUGGCUAUUGGGAUCCCCGGGUUUCCAGGCCAGGUCACGGUUGCCGUUAAAACUCUUAAAUCUACUGCUCAAGAGAAGGACAAAAUAGACUUCCUGACGGAGCUGAACUUGAUGAAAUCCCUCAGGCCUCAUCCACACGUUGUACGUCUGAUUGGCUGCUGCACCCGACAAGCAGAUCACUUGGCGAUUAUUCUUGAAUACCUGCCGUAUGGAGACUUGUUGGGCUACCUGCGGCGGUCACGUGGUCAUGAGGACUGGUACUGCUCGGGUGAUCUCCGCCCCCCGUCGCGCCUCGUCUCGAAGGACUUGGUCAAGUUCGCGUGGAUGAUAGCAGACGGCAUGGCCUUUCUUGCCGCAAACAAGUGUGUCCACCGCGAUCUUGCCGCUCGUAACGUACUCGUAGGGGAGCACAACACAUGUAAAAUCUCGGACCUCGGGCUCGCUAGAGACGUCAGCCAAGACAUUUACACGCGGACGUCUUCGGCGCGGCUUCCCGUCAAAUGGAUGCCGCCCGAGUCGCUGUUGUACGGACAAUCGAGCAGCGCUAGCGACGUAUGGUCUUAUGGCAUAGUCCUGUGGGAGAUUUUCACAAUUGGCGACUCUCCCUACCCUGGAGUAGGGAAUGACUACAUUCCACGCAUGAUUCGUGAAGGAUACCGCAUGCCAAAACCACUUCACGUCGGGGACGCCUUGUACUCUGUAAUGCUUCGCAUUACAUGCAGGCGUUACAGCAAGACAAGAAGGACUACAUCAAUCUUGACUUGUAUAAAGACGACAUGUAUGUCAACUUUGACGCAGCGUGAUGUGCGCAUGCUCCUUUGAUACCGCUGAUCUAACCAGAUUCUGCUCGUGUUUCAAAAGAAUAUGCUACGGCGUAAGCAAGGUGGUGAUCAACGACAAAGACAAGAAAGAGAAAAGGAGGAAUGAAAAGUUCUGAGACACCGUGAUGAUGAAAUGAUAUUAAACAAUGAAAACUAACUGCGAAUUCCUGAUAAUAAAGGCACCAUUUUAUCAAAUUAUGAAAACUGAGAGAAUUCGUGAUAAUACAGGCACCACUCUAUUAAACCAUGAUAACUGAGUAAAUUCCUGAUAAUAGAAACACCGCUUAAUCAAGCCAUGAAAACUGAGUGAAUUCGUGAUAAUAGAGGGACCAUUGUAUUAAACCAUGAAAACUGAGUGAAUUCCUAAUAAUAGAGGCACCACUGUAUUAAACCAUGAAAACUGAGUGAAUUCGUGAUAAUAGAGGCACCACUCUAUUAAACCAUGAAAACUGAGUGAAUUCCUAAUAAAAAAGGGAACACUGUGUUAAACCAUGAAAACACAGUGAAUUCCUGAUAAAAGAAGGACCACUGUAUUAAACUAUGAAAACUGAGUGAAGUCCUGGUAAUAGAGGGAGCACUGAUGUAGUGUACUAGCACACUUUACUUAAGUAUCAUAUAACAGAGAUGACGUUAUUGAUAAUGAUUAUUUGUAAUACCAUAUAAGGUCAUGGCGUAUGCCAUAAGUUGUAAAUACUUUGAUUAAUGCUCAAUCUAUAUUCGCAAACCAAAGCGUGCGGUUGUGUUAACUGACUCCAAUAAAUAUAUAGCGAAAGACACUAAAUUGGCGACGAGCGAUUCGGGAUCAUGGCCCAGCAGAUGGCACUGGGCGUCCCUGUCCCAACUUAUACAGGAGUUGAUGACAUCGAGAGCUAUAUGGAGCGAUUGGAAUGUUAUUGCGAUUUGAUGAAGACUCCAAAGGAAAGCAAGGUUGCGCUUCUCCUUUACGGAUUGCGGGGCAGUAUGAAACACUGAGGGAUCUAGUGUCGCCUGAAGUACCCAAAACGGUGGAUUUCAAGGUCCUAAAGGAUAAGUUAGUGAAGCAUUAUGGUUCCGUGCGGAAUACGCGACUUGAAAGGACUAAAGUCCGUGCAGUAAAGAGGGAAGGAAACGAGAGUGUGGCGGCCUUCGAAGUAAGAUUGCGGAAUGCAAUCCGACACUGCGGGUUUACCGGCGAGACUUUAAACGAGAACCUCGUUGAACAGUUUAUAUCUGGUAUAAACCACAGUGGCAUAGAGCGGAAACAUUUGCAGAAGGGGAACGACCUAACUUUGGCCCAGGCGAUUCAGUUGGCAAACACGUUUUUGCUGUUUGAAGAUUCAGCACGUUGUGGAAAAGUCGAAACACCCCCCUAUAGAACAGCAAAGUGGAAUUUUCAACGUAAAGUCCGAAACAGAGUGCUAUCGCUGCGGAAGAAAAGGGCAUCGAUCCAGCGACAAAGUCUGUAAAGCAUUGGGGAAAAAAUGCAACAACUAUGGAGUCGUAGGACAUUUUGCAAAGUCGAAAUUUUGCAAAGGAGGAGAGUCGAAAUCUCAUGGAAUGGAAUUCAACACGAGAUAACAGAAGAGUCAGCAGAUAAGGACAGUGGGGUGACCCAUUUAUUUUCUGUAGAUGAGGAGAUAAGACAACUCAAGGAGACUCCUAUGUGUCAGGCGAUAGUCGGGGGAAAGAGUUUUCCGUUUAUUAUUGAUUCCGGGGCAGCGGCGAAUAUUGUUUUAAGUAAGCUUUACGAGGAAAUUAAGAGUAAUGUUUCGCUUAGGAAAACCAGCAAGAAAUUGUAUGCUUUUGGUCAGAAACAGAAACAUCUUUAUAUUUGCACACAAAAUUAAGUGUUACAUAGGUUGGGUUUUUUUUUGUUUUCAUAUAAUAUUACUCUUCUUUUUCUUUUUUUCUUAUAUUCAUAUAUAUAUUGAGAGAGGGAGAGGAGAAAAACAACCUAACUUGCAGACCAAGGGGGAACAAUGCUUCGGUGCGGGCACCCUAGAAUAGCUUGAGAGCUAAACGGGCUAGGGUGCACUCAAAUGUUAGGGAAAAAUCCUAGUUUGGAGAUCUGGAGGCUGUGUGCAUAAGCAAGAACGUACGAGAAAAACACAGAUAUAGAGACACGACAAGGAUACAACAAGGAUACGACAAGAAUACAAGCUGGUACAAGCAGAGCGGAAACA